AUGGCCUCCUCCCUCCCGUCCGUGCUCCGUGGCUGCGCCUGCGCCGACGGCGGCCGCCUCCUCCGCGACGCGUGCCACGGCGCCGCGCGCGGCCUCGCGGCGUGGACGAGGCGCGGCGGCGCCGCCCGCGCGCUCCUCGUCGCAUCGGUCGGAUCGGUGGCGCUCGCGGCGCUGACGGUGCUCCUGGUCGCCGCGUUCGUCCUCGUCGCGGCGGCGACGAGCGCCGCCGCCGUCGCGGCCGUCGUCUCCCUGGCGGCGCUGUCCGCUCUCCUCGCCGUGGCGUACGUCGGCGCGUUGUCGGUCGCCGUCUUCGUCGUGGCGGCCACGACGGCGGCGACUGUCGUCGCCAUCACGAUCGCCACUGGUUGGGCUGCAUUAUUUUGGAUUAUUUGGUUUGCUGCAAGGAAAUGCCUGGAUCUUGCUACUAACUGA